AUGGCAUCACUUCUCUUGUUGGCGCUUUCCGGCCUCGCCGCGGGAGCCGCUAUCCAACAGCGCGAUCCUGUGCCUAGCGGCUAUGUUGCUGCACCUUAUUAUCCAGCUCCUCAUGGUGGAUGGGUGUCGGACUGGAGCGAGAGCUACCGAAAGGCCUCUCUGCUCGUGUCCAACAUGACACUGGCUGAAAAGGCCAAUCUCACGGCUGGAACAGGAAUCUUCAUGGGCCGCUGUGUAGGAAAUACCGGCAGUGCCCUGAGAGUAGGCAUUCCCCAGCUUUGCUUGCAGGAUGGUCCGUUGGGCCUCAGAAACAGCGACCACAACACUGCUUUCCCAGCAGGCAUCACAGUCGGAGCUACAUGGGACAAAGACCUCAUGCACCGACGUGGAGUCGCCAUAGGAGAGGAGUUCCGCGGAAAAGGAGUGAAUGUGCACUUGGGACCAAGCGUAGGCCCUCUCGGACGCAAGCCGCGAGGUGGCAGAAACUGGGAAGGGUUUGGCGCAGACCCCGUUCUCCAGGCGUUUGGAGGCGCGUUAUCCAUUGAAGGCAUCCAAAGCACCGGCGUCAUUGCUACCAUCAAGCACUUGAUUGCGAACGAGCAGGAAAUGUACCGCAUGUGGAACCUUGUCAAGCCAGGCAUUUCGUCCAACCUCGACGACCGCACGCUGCACGAGCUCUAUCUCUGGCCGUUUGCAGAGGGUGUGCGUUCGGGUGUUGGCUCCGUCAUGAUUGCCUACAACGCUGUUAACGGAAGUGCUUGCGCACAGAAUAGCUACCUGAUCAACGGCAUCCUCAAGGACGAGCUUGGUUUCCAGGGCUUCGUCAUGUCUGACUGGCUAGCCCAGAUCUCCGGUGUCAGCUCAGCGCUCGCAGGCUUGGACAUGUCGAUGCCGGGAGAUCGCAACGACAUUCCACUUGUGCUGGGAACCUCGUACUGGAUGUACGAGCAGAGCCGCUCCGUGCUCAACGGCUCGCUCCCCGUGGACCGCUUGAACGAUGCCGUGACACGCAUCCUAGCGACCUACUUCCAGAUGGGCCAGGACCAGAACUACCCACGCCCCAACUUCGAUACCAACACCCAGAACGCAGAGGGUCCGCUCUACCCUGGCGCUCUCAUCUCGCCGUCGGGAAUCGUCAACGAGUUUGUCAAUGUCCAGGGUAACCACGCCGAAGCUGCGCGUGAAGUAGCUCGCGAUGCCAUUACCCUGCUGAAGAACAGCGACAACAUCCUUCCCCUAGCCUCUAGUGCCAGUCUCAAGAUUUUCGGAACCGAUGCCGAGAAGAACCCAGACGGUAUCAACUCGUGUAACGACCAGGGCUGCAACAAGGGCACCUUGGGUAUGGGCUGGGGAAGCGGCAGUGCUCGUUACCCAUACAUGGACUCACCCAUUGAUGGCUUCAAGGCUCGCGGCGCCAACUACCAGUUCUUCAACACCGAUUCGUUCCCCGGAAACUCGAACCCGUCGCCAAACGACACUGCUGUUGUCUUUGUGACGGCCGACUCGGGAGAGAACUACAUCACGGUUGAGGGCAACCCCGGAGACCGCACUUCGGCCAACCUGAACCUGUGGCACAAUGGCGACAAGCUCACCAAAGAUGUCGCAGCCAAGUACUCGAACGUCGUUGUCGUCGUGCACACCGUCGGCCCCAUUCUCAUGAACGAAUGGUACGAUCUGCCGUCGGUCAAGGCAAUCGUCUUCGCCCAUCUGCCAGGCCAAGAAGCCGGAAACUCGCUGAUGCAGGUGCUCUACGGCGACGUGUCUCCAUCUGGUCACUUGCCCUACACUCUGCCCAUGUCCGAGAGCGACUACCCCGACUCUGUGAACCUCGUUGGAUACCAGCUUGGCCAGCCCCAGGACACGUUUACCGAGGGUCUCUACAUCGACUACCGCCACUUCCACAAAGCGAACAUCACGCCUCGCUAUGCCUUUGGUCACGGCCUCAGCUACACCAACUUCUCCUUUUCCGGUGCCACCAUUACCCCCGUUACGCCGCUCACGGCUACGCCUCCCACGCGCCCAGCCAAGGGCAGCACGCCGGCGUACUCGACCACCAUCCCGCCGGCGUCCGAGGCAUACUGGCCCGACAACUUCAACCGCAUCUGGCGCUACCUGUACUCUUUCCUCGACAAGAAAGACGCCGACGAUGCGGCCAAGACUGGAAGCUCGCCUUCGACAUAUCCCUACCCUGCUGGCUACUCCAACGAGCAGAAGGCUGGCCCCGCAGCAGGCGGUGCCCAGGGAGGCAACCCCGCGCUUUUCGACGUCGCAUACGAUGUUUCUGUCACGGUGACCAACACGGGAAGCCGUGCGGGCAAGGCCGUUGCGCAGCUGUACGUGCAGUUCCCCAGCCAGAGCACCGUCGACACGCCGAUUGUGCAGCUCCGCGACUUUGCCAAGACAUCGACGCUGCAGGCCGGAGCUAGCCAGACGCUCAAGAUGAGGGUCACGAGGAAGGAUCUUAGCGUUUGGGAUGUCGUGUCGCAGAAUUGGGUCGUUCCGGCCGUCAGUGGCGACUAUGGGGUUUGGAUUGGCGGAUCUUCAGAUGACCUGCAUUUGAGGUGUGGUACGGCGACGAAGAGCUGUGCGGGAAACCAGAAGAGCCCGGUUUGA